CGUGCAAACAAGAGGAAGCAGGAGGAGGAAUAAAGUGUAAAAUUGUUGAUUUCAGAGUGAACAAUAACGCGAGAGAAUCGAGAAACAGCAGAAAUACUGUUUGAUUCUCUCUGAAGACGCGUUUUACUCGAUUUCUGCUGAUUAUUCACGAGUUAAAGUCGCCGGGGAGAGUUUUAUUUCGAAACUACAACCCGGAAGUCGUAUGUUUACAUCUGCCCCGCUCGUGUGACAGUGGGACAACUCUCAGCUGUUUGUGUUCGCGGGACUCCUCCUCUCGCAAACCGGGGCUUGUCUUUUAAUUAAAAACAACAACAACAACAACAACAACAUCAGACAAUGGCCUCCAGCGACGGGAUCCAGAUUCCGAGCCGCCUCCCGCUGCUGCUGACCCACGAAGGCGUGCUGCUGCCGGGCUCCACCGUCCGCUUCAGCGUGGACUCCCCCCGGAACAUGCACCUGGUCAGCCAGCGGCUCCUGAAAGGCACCUCGCUGAAGAGCACCAUCAUCGGACUGAUCCCCAACACCAGGGACCCGGAGCACGACACCGACGACCUGCCCCCGCUGCACAAGAUUGGAACAGCGGGGAUCGCGGUGCAGGUGGUGGGCAGCAACUGGCCCAAGCCCCACUUCACCCUCCUCCUCACCGGACUGUGCCGCUUCAGUGUGUCAGGUCUGCUGAAGGAGAGACCCUUCGUCCUGGCAGAGGUGGAGCAGUUGGAUAAACUGGAGCAGUACACGACACCAGCAUCACAGGGGGUCACCACUGAUGAUGGGGAGCUGGGGGAGCUGUCUGAGAAAUUCUACCAGACGGCUGUACAGUUGUUAGGAAUGCUGGACAUGUCCGUUCCAGUGGUGGCUAAGUUCAGGCGUCUGCUGGACAGCCUGCCCAGGGAAACGCUGCCUGAUGUGGUCGCCUCCAUGAUCCGAACGUCAAACAAGGAGAAACUAGAGGUCUUGGAUGCGGUGAGCCUGGAGGACCGUUUUAAGACUGCUCUGUCCAUGUUGACCAGACAGAUAGACGGACUGAAUCUACUGCAGAAGACCAGGAAGAAGAGUCCCGAUAAUGAGAAGAGGGUGUUAUCGGUGCGUAAAGGUGGUGUGUUCCCAGGCCGGCAGUUCAAUGUGGAUGAGGAGGAUGAAGAUGAUGGAGAUGACACCUCAGUCCUGGAGAGGAAGAUUCAUGCGGCGAACAUGCCUGAGGCUGCUCUCAGAGUUUGUCUGAAGGAGCUCAAGAGAUUGAAGAAGAUGCCUCAGUCCAUGCCUGAGUCGGCCCUGACCAGAAACUACUUGGACCUGAUGGUUGAGCUGCCGUGGAGUAAAAACACUAAAGACUGCCUGGACAUCCGAUCUGCUCGCACCCUGCUGGACAACGACCACUACGCCAUGGAGAAGCUGAAGAGGCGUGUGCUGGAGUACCUGGCUGUCAGGCAACUCAAGACCUCACUCAAGGGCCCCAUUCUAUGCUUUGUGGGGCCCCCAGGAGUCGGUAAGACCAGUGUGGGCCGCUCCAUCGCCAGGACCCUGGGCAGAGAGUUUCACCGCAUCGCUUUAGGAGGCGUCUGUGACCAGUCGGACAUCCGAGGACACAGACGUACGUACGUGGGGAGCAUGCCCGGCCGCAUCAUCAACGGCUUGAAGACGGUGGCUGUGAAUAAUCCUGUCUUCCUGUUGGACGAGGUGGACAAACUGGGGAAGAGUCUCCAAGGGGACCCUGCAGCUGCUCUGCUGGAGGUCCUGGAUCCGGAGCAGAACCACAGCUUCACAGACCAUUACCUCAACGUGGCCUUCGACCUCUCACAAGUGCUCUUCAUCGCCACAGCAAACAGCACGGCCACCAUUCCCCCGGCCCUGCUGGACCGGAUGGAGGUGCUGCAGGUUCCAGGCUACACUCAGGAGGAGAAGGUGGAGAUAGCUCAUCGUCACCUGAUCCGAAACCAGCUGGAUCAGCACGGAUUAACACCUCAGCAGCUGCACAUACCACAGGACACCACGCAGGCUAUAAUCAGCAGGUACACGAGAGAGGCAGGUGUGCGUUCCCUCGAGAGGAAGAUCGGAGCCAUCUGCCGCGCGGUGGCCGUGAAGGUCGCUGAAGGUCACAGAGCUGCCAAGACAGAAGCUCUAGUCCCAGAGGGGCCUUUAGAGCCAGGAGACAAGGCGGCGGCCCCCCCAGAGAUGCCCAUUGUGAUCGACCACAUCGCCCUGACAGACAUCCUGGGCCCUCCGCUGUUUGAGAUGGAGGUGUCGGAGCGGUUCAUCCUGCCCGGUGUCGCUCUGGGUUUGGCCUGGACGCCGCUCGGGGGGGAGAUCAUGUUCGUGGAGGCCAGUCGGAUGGAGGGCGAGGGUCAGCUCACUCUGACCGGUCAGCUGGGAGACGUGAUGAAAGAGUCCGCCCACCUGGCCAUCAGCUGGCUCCGAGCCAACGCCAAGACCUACCAGCUCACCAACAUGGUGGGGGGGCCAGAUCCUCUAGAAGGAACCGACAUCCACCUCCACUUUCCUGCCGGAGCCGUGACCAAGGACGGCCCCUCGGCUGGUGUCACCAUCGUCACCUGCCUGGCCUCGCUGUUCAGCAGCCGGCUGGUCAGAUCCGACGUGGCCAUGACAGGAGAGAUCACGUUGAGAGGGCUGGUGCUGCCGGUGGGCGGGAUCAAGGACAAAAUCCUGGCGGCCUACAGGGCGGGAGUGAAGCGCGUCAUCCUGCCGCUGCGCAACCUGAAGGACCUGGAGGAGCUUCCAGCCAACGUCCGGGCCGACCUGGACUUCGUCACGGCUGCAAACCUGGACCAGGUCCUGAACGCCGCCUUCGAGGGAGGCUUCCCUGGGGCGGAGCAGCCGCACACCCCCCCUCAGCUGAGCAGCAAGCUGUGA